CCAAAGGGUUUGAAAUGAAGACUUUAUUAAAGCAUCUGCCACUGCUUCCAGACUAAAUCUCUCAUAGUGCAGAAAGCAGAAGAGCUCGCACAGAAAACAGCAAAUGGCAGGUGCUAUUCGAGAACUACAGCGUGAUCUCGAAAACAAAGCCAAUGAUCUUAGCAAACUCCAAAAAGAUAUUGCGAAGAAUCACCAAGUCAGAAAAAAAUACACUGUCCAACUCGGCGAGAACGAGCUCGUACUCAAGGAGUUGGAUUUGUUAAAGGAAGAUGCAAAUGUUUAUAAGUUAAUUGGUCCAGUACUAGUGAAGCAGGACUUAGCAGAGGCUAAUGCUAAUGUUCGCAAGAGAAUCGAUUAUAUCUCUGCUGAACUGAAGCGACUUGAUGCAACUCUUCAAGAUUUGGAAGAAAAGCAAAACAGCAAGAAAGAUGCGAUUUUCAAGUUACAACAGAGGAUCCAAUCUCUCCAGGCUGGAAAGGCCAAGGCAUGAUUGAGAUGUUUAUUUCUUCUGUGGGCUUCACUAGCUGUAACAUCUUUUUGGAAGGAUCUGAUGAAGCUUAUGUUAAUCUGAUGUUGGUAAUACCAUUUCUUUUGUUCCAUUCCCAUGUUUCUUAUUAAAGUUUAUAUUAACGUAUUGUAGCCCUUUUCUUUGUUCCAUUCCCCAUUGUGCGUGAGGCAUCUGUGUUUAUGAUUUAA